AUGACGCAGAACUGGCAAACGUCGCCAUCCGAGGUCCAACCGGCAUAUCGCCAGACCUUAUGUUCCCCGUCUCCUUCCCCUCUCCUCCCGUCGGCGGACCAAUACGGCAAUGACUCCUCAUUCGCGAACACACCACUGAUUUCGCCACCAUCGCACCACAGACACCUCCCUCCGUUAGCGGGUUUGCCUACGGACGCCUCCCAACUUCCCCAUCCCCCAACCGCAACCUUGUUUUCCCACCAGUUCUCGUACCCUCAACAACAUCGUCGCGGAAAUGUCGUUCCGUUCCCUUUAAACCCUGCGUCCACACGCGGACCCCCGGAAACCCACCCCAGUCAUGGUUCCCCUAGCUUCUUCGACAUCCAGAGUUUCGCACUCCCAUCUUACCCGACUCAAAAUGUCCCGGUAAACCCUACAUCGACUCGUCCUCGGACAUCCCACCCGGUCUUCCAUUCGACAUCGGCUCUUGCUGCCCACCAUGGAAUCCCCCAGUCUCUCCCACCAGUACCUCGCACCUCAAAGUUUGCAACAGUUUCGUCCCCAGCUGCCCCUUCAGCUCCAGCACCCCCAGUCGCGUCUAGCUCGUCAGACUUCGACUUCUCUUCCCUGUGCACCAACUACUUGACCAUGCUCCAGCAAAAGCACGAGGAGCCCCACUCGUCCGAGGUGUCGGCGGACGCGGAUACCGUCCAGGCGAUAAUGGACGUCAUCCAAGGUACGCCCCAUUUCAUCCACACGGGGUCUGCAGGGACUCAUCGCCUCUCAGCGUCGCCCGAGUUCCGCAUGGCGAACGACUUCAAUGAGUUCCUGACGUCGCCGAUGGAUGAUUCUCCCUUUGAGGACUUCCUCACGACGCCUGCCCUCGAGUCGGCCGAUAUCGGUUCCGACAUGCUCACCAGUCCCGCCAUCUUCGAUGCGGACAACUUUCCCGACAUGGACGCGGCCAUCUUCGGUGCCGGUGGACUGUUGAGCCCAGCGUUCGAGUCAUCGAAGCUGCCCAGCUCGGCUCAUCAUGGCCCCCCGCUGCCGCACCCUGCGUUCGACUUCGACGGUCUGUUGACGAUGCCCUCUCCAAUGACGCCGUCCCUCGACCCCGCCUCCCUCCACCCGUCGCCACACACACAGCCCUUGAACGCCGCAGACGACGCUCAACAUCACCCCGACGCCCUGGUCAGCAUGGACGCUCCCAUCCAGAAGCGUUCGUACAUCACUCCUUCGGCCACGUCGCGCAAGGAGGUGCCGGCGGCUUGGAUAAAGAAGAAGCGCGCACGGUCGCAAGCAUUCGAGGAGGAUGAGCUCGAGGAGGACCCGUCCCUUGCUCCCGACGACGUCGACGCCAUUGAGGCGAAGCGUCGUCAGAACACUCUCGCGGCUCGUCGAAGCCGGAAGCGUAAGCUGGAGUACCAGCGUGAGCUAGAAGCUUCCGUCGAGCGUGAGAAGGAGGAGAAGGAGAUGUGGCGGCAGCGCGCGAUGCUGUUCAAGGCGUUGCUCGAGAGUCACGGACACGACGUGCCGACUUUCGAGAUGUGA